AUGAUGAGCUACGGAUCUGAUAUCUACUCUGCCUCCUCUUACAGGAAGAUAUUCGGGGACUCUCCCCGGUACUCUUCCCCAUCCCGGAUGAUGAGCGGCAUGAGCGGCUCAUCCCGCAGCGGGUACCGGUCCCAAUCCGCCUCCCGCACCGGCUCAUCCCUGACUUCCUACAAGAGGAACACGCGUCAAAACUACUCGCUGAUGCCCAUUGAGAACUUUGAUCUGUCCCAAAGUUCCGUGCUCAACAAUGAGUUCAAAAUCAUCCGCACCAACGAGAAGGAGCAGAUGCAGGGUCUCAACGACCGCUUCGCGAUGUUCAUCGACAAGGUCCGCAACCUGGAGCAGCAGAACAAGGUCCUGGAGACGGAGCUGGUGACGCUGCGCCAGCGGCAGACCGAGCCGUCGCGCCUGGCGGACCUGUACCAGCAGGAGAUCCGCGAGCUGCGCUCGCAGAUCGAGGAGCUGAACGGCGAGAAGUCCCAGGUGAUGAUCGAGCGCGACGGCAUCGAGGACGACCUGCAGAAGCUCCGGGGCAAGUACGAGGACGAGGUGCACGCCCGCGAGCAGGCGGAGGACACGCUCAAGGUGUUCAAGAAGGACGUGGACGACGCCACCAUGGUGCGCCUGGACCUGGAGAAGAAGGUCGAGUCCCUCCUGGACGAGAUCAACUUCCUCAGGAAAGUGCACGAAGAGGAGGUGGCCGAGCUGAUGAACAUGAUCCAGGCGGCGCAGGUGUCCGUGGAGAUGGAGGUGGCCAAGCCCGACCUCACCUCCGCCCUCAAGGAGAUCCGCGAGCAGUACGACUGCGUGGCGGCGAAGAACUUGCAGUCGGCCGAAGAGUGGUACAAGUCCAAGUUCGCCGACCUCAGCGACCAGGCCACGCGCAGCAACGAGGCCAUCCGCGCCAGCCGCGAGGAGAUCAACGAGUUCCGCAGGCAGCUGCAGUCCAAGACCAUCGAGAUCGAGAGCAUGCGGGGAACCAACGAGUCCUUGGAGAGGCAAAUCCGCGAAAUGGAGGAUAGGCACAAUUCCGAAAUCAUGGGCUUCCAGGAUUCCGUUGGCCAGCUGGAGAAUGAGCUGAGGACCACUAAGAGUGAGAUGGCCCGUCACCUGAGGGAGUACCAAGACCUGCUGAAUGUCAAGAUGGCCCUGGAUAUUGAAAUUGCUGCAUACAGGAAACUGCUGGAAGGGGAGGAGACCCGCAUCAGCACGGGCAUCAACUUCCCCAUGCCUUCCUCCGGCGGCGGCGGCAGCCAGAGCUACGGCUACCAGACCCGCAUGUACACCAGCGGCGGCGGCUCCGGCUCCGGCAAGUCCAAGAAGGACAAGCAGCAGGACGAGGACCAGCAGCAGCAGAGCCAGAGCAAGUCCAGCAGCAAGCGGGAGAUGUACGAGGAGACCGUCAUCUCCACCAAGAAGAUGGAGAAGCAAGACACCAGCGACGUGAACAACCUCAGCCAGAAGAACUAAGACAGCAAAUGACCACAAUAACAGCAACAAAGAGCAACUGAAAAAAAAAACACCCCGCCACCUUCUCUUUUCUCUUCUCUUCUGCUCUGUCCUCCCUUGUUCUGUCCAUUCCUCUCCUCUCCUCUCCUCCCCCUCCCUCUCACUGUUCCCUAUCCCUCCCUCUUUCCUCAGGGGUUGUCACAGAGAGGAAUCCAGUGUGUAGACGGUCACU